CAGCGUGCGGUUCAGUCGACGGUUUGUUUCGCCUACUCUCCACUACCAAAAAAUAGGCGCCAAACCCCUCAAUUGGCAAAUAACACACGAAACUCAACGAGCACGGAAGUGAUUGCCAUUAAAUAUUGCAAAAACAUAUACAAAUAAUAAGUAAAUACAAAUAAACAUUUCGUGUGCCCCUCAGAAGCUAAAGCAAACAUUCAGUUGUCCAAUCGGCUUGAAGUCCGGGGAAUAUCAAUCGCGAUACCGAUCGCGUCGGGAAAUAGGAAAAUAGAGAGCGAGAACAGGAAGAGCCGGCUGUCGGCUUCGGCCCUUCUUCCCCCGCCCACUCUUCUCUCAACACCCCUUGUUCUUUGGUGUCGCGUGUGCUACAGAACUACAAACUACAACAGUACCACACGCCACAAACUGUCGCCAGGUGUGCGAUAUUCAGUGCGAGUGCCUUGGUCUUGGCCGAUUCUUCGGAUUUUUGUUUUGCUGCCUUCAUUCGCAUUCUUCUUCGCCCCGAAGUCUCACAACAAUUUCCCUGCAGCUGUCUCGCCGGAAUUUGCCAAAUGCCCCUCCAUUGGAUCAUCGACAUCGCUUAGUUUAGUGCAAGCUAGCAAAACACAAAGAUUUUGUUCUGUAAACUAGAGUUGCCACAGUUGCGAAAAUGUCAGCAAUUAACAGUCGCAAUCAGAAAAUGGAACAACAGCGCCAGCUGAUGGAGGCCUACAUCAGGCAGAAAAGAGCCUCGCCGGGAAUGGUCCAGGCCAGUGAUCUCCAGAUCAGCCGGCCGAUGUCCGGGAUGCGCAGCAACAGUCGCGAGCUGCACGCCUACGACGGACCCAUGCAGUUCAUCAGCUCGCCCCAGAAUCCGGACCAGAUACUGACCAACGGCAGCCCCGGGGGCGUCACUCCGGUUGCCAUGAACACGAGUCGCAACCACUCAAACAACAUGCGCAGCCUGAGCACCAUCAACCAGGAGGCUGAUCUUAUAGAGGAGAUCUCAUCGCACGAUCUGGAGGACGAGGAGAGCAGUCCGGUGACGGUGAUCGAGCAGCAGCAGCAUGGCAGCCACAGCGCCAACUCUACGCAAUCUCAAAAACCUCAUGCCCGCCAGCAUUCCUUCAGCGACAACCUGGACGAGGACGACUACACCAACCGCAACGUCGCAGGAGCAGCACCAGUGCGUCCCGCCGGAAUGGCCUCGUCGCCCUACAAGGAUGCGACGCUGGACAGCAACGGGACGGGGAAUGGGGCUGGCGGGGAGUCCGAGGGGGAUGUCAUCGGAAACAUCGACCAAUUCGUAAUGCAGCCAGCGCCGCAGGGAGUCCUCUACAAGUGCCGUAUUACCCGGGACCGCAAGGGCAUGGACCGCGGUCUCUUUCCCAUAUACUACUUGCACCUGGAGCGGGACUACGGCAAGAAGAUAUUCCUGCUAGGAGGCCGCAAACGCAAGAAGAGCAAGACAUCAAACUACAUAGUAAGCUGCGAUCCCACGGAUUUGUCCCGCAAUGCCGAUGGCUUCUGUGGAAAGCUCCGCUCCAAUGUGUUCGGCACGUCCUUCACCGUCUUUGACAAUGGCAACAAGGAGAGCACGGAGAGCCCACGACUGGACCUGGCCGUCAUAAUAUAUGACACCAACAUUCUGGGAUUCAAGGGACCUCGCAACAUGACUGUAAUACUGCCGGGCAUGACUGAGGACGACCAGCGUGUGAAGAUCAGUUCUGCGGAUCCCAAGCAGCAGGGUAUUCUGGACCUGUGGAAGAUGAAGAACAUGGACAACAUUGUGGAGCUGCACAAUAAGACGCCGGUGUGGAAUGAUGAAACGCAGUCGUAUGUGCUCAACUUUCAUGGACGCGUCACCCAGGCGUCGGUGAAAAACUUUCAGCUGGUCCACGACUCGGAUCCCGAGUACAUAGUGAUGCAGUUUGGCCGCACAUCGGAAGACGUCUUCACCAUGGACUAUCGCUAUCCACUGUGCGCGAUGCAGGCAUUUGCAAUAGCCCUUAGUAGUUUCGACGGCAAAAUAGCCUGCGAGUGAGCUGGCUUGGAUCCUCGGGUUAGCCCGCUGCCUUAUGUACAGCCUACUGGAGGGUGAAACAAGUCACUCUGGCCAGAACAUUGUGGAAAAUAGUCUCGGAAAUCUAGUCAGUUAAAGAGUCCCGUAAUCACUUAAAUGUAAUGUAGUAGCUAUCAUUGUAUGACAUUUACUCAAAAUGUGCUCACCGAUUUUAUAAGAAAAUAAAUUAGGACAGGUCCUACAACUCUGUAAAUCUUAAUGUGCCCAUCUAACCAUAAGUUAAAUGUCAUUUAAACUAAAUAUCAAUUUUAUAAUCCGCAUAUAGCAACAAAUCAAGGAUGAAUGUAAACUAUUUCAAAUGAGAGUACUAUUAGUCUGUAAGAGAACAUACUAACUUGUAAUAGGCUCUGAAUAUGUUUAAGCAGCUAUUGAUCAAAG